GUAAAGCAAGGUAUCGGCUAGAGUUAAGAUUACACGGUUAUCAUCACGCCAUCCUAACACAAAACUAGGCAAUUCAAUCUGGAAGAUCAACAGGAGCUAAAUGAAACAUGUAUUGUGUGUACGUGGGUGAUCAUAGAAACAAAGAAAGAUCCAGAUCGAGAUGAAUUCUCAUCAUCAUCAUCAUCAUAAACAUGGAAGAAAUAACGGCGGCGGCGGCAAAACAUGGAGGAGCCCCACGACGGUGGCAACCGCAUCAGUGAUGGGUGUCUGCAUUAUUGCUGGUUAUCUCAUCGGACCGCCUCUCUAUUGGCUUCUCUCCGACGCCGCCGCCACUUCUUGCCCUCUUUGUCUAUGUGAUUGCACUCUUAAACCUCUCCUUUCCCACCAAAAUGGUACAUAAUAUAACUUUUACAUAUUGAUUUUAUAUUAUUAUCUGAUCUGGAUCUGUAAUUGACAUAUAGCCUCCACUUUCAUCUACUUUCUGCAUGUCAUGCAGGUUUACUGAAUGCCACUUCUUUCAUAGAUUGCAUGGAGCAUGAUCAGACGGAGGUGAGGGAGGGAGCAGAGAGGAAUUUCACAAGACAAUUGGUUGAGGAACUUCACAAACGGGAAGGCGAAGUGCAUGAAAUACAACAGAAGGCAGAGCAGGCACUUCUAGAAGCGAAGAAGUUGACUUCCCAGUACCAAAAAGAGGCAGAAAAGUGCACUUCAGGGAUGGAAACGUGCGAGGAAGCGCGCGAAAAAGCUGAAGCGGUGUUAGAGGCACAAAGAGAGGUUAGUUCAAUGUGGGAGCUCCGGGCUCGGCAAAAAGGAUGGAAAGAAAGCCACUUGGCUGCUAACAUUCAAAAUUUCAAAGCUGCUCUUGAAGGAGAACAUUCAGUAACUAUGGCUGUCACUGACUUAUAGAUCCCCUGUUUUUCUAGUAGAUUUGCAUUUUUUGUCAUUUGAGACAUGAAACGGUUUGGCAAAAUUAUUUGUGUUCGUUUUUUGGCCAUAAAGAACACAGUUCAGAAUGGGGCUUUGGUCGUUCCGAGGCCUGGUGCUAACGUGAUAAUAUUACCCAUUUCUUUUAAAUUCUAAAUUGCCUGACUUGUUUCUAUUUAUUGUUCAUAAGUUAUAA